UUCCCAUUGAAAUAAAUUUGCCAUUAUCCGAAAUAAAAACAAGGAACAGCAGGACGCUGGAAAUUGUAAAGCAUGUUUUAUAACAGCAAUACAAUAUCUGACGAUGAGCUUAAGGCGACAUUGUACUCCGAACAGGGCAUUGUAUCAUGCAGCAAAGUUACUGACGGACUGGUCAACCCUCUGUCAAUUGUUCUAUACUGUAUGACUGAGAACGGUCAUCUUUACAAGAUCGAUAAAAACAAAAUCAAGAUAAAGAGGCAAAACUCCAACACAUGUCGUAAAAGUCGGUCAAUAUUUUCCGAACUUCUUGACGAGGAAGAAACAAAAGCAAAUGAGGUUGAGGAAGAACUAUUUGCGUCUGGCCCUGCUUACGUGUUACAACCAUCCGAUAUUUGGUUUCGGGUCAACGAACCUGUGUUGACAUGCUGUCUGUCAGGAGAAACUGUAUUUAUUGCUGUAAGGACCGCGCUCGGUGUAACAAUUCAUGGUUAUAAACAUUCUGCUGACGGUCUUAAAUUGAAACCAUUUGGAAAACUUUGCCUUCCUGCUAAUGUUCCAACAGCCCAAGAUAGAAACGAUACCAAGAAUAGUUUUCAUCUAUAUGUCGCAGUAACAGAUGUUGGUAUGCAAAAUGAAAACAGUUAUUCAACGGAUGAACUGUGUAUUAGUAGACUUUUGUUUAAACAAUUGUUUGGAGAGAGCGUUUUAAUAAAUAAAAGUCCUGUUGUUCUCCUGACAGCACCGUGUGGAUCCGUCUUAUAUGCUCCAAUAACAGCAUUUGUUACAGACCGAGUUGUGAAUAAGGAAAGAUCAAAUGACCUUGGCGGAUGGAAACUGCUUUGUCGGAUGGACACGUCUGCGCCUUACAUGUUUACAUGCAGCACCUCUUACUUAUUGACAACAGAGCUAUGUGAUAUUCAAGACGCGGAAGGAAAGAGAUUGAUAUACGUACCUUGUAUGGGAAUGUGCGACAAUAAUGGAAAUCUAGCGGUGUUUUCUGAGUCGGAAGAAACUGAUGUCAGUGACAUGCUAGCGGCUAAGGUUGACCAAGUUAUUUUAGCUAUAGCCACUUCCCACAAUACGAUUGUCCUGUCUAACGGAAGUAGACUUAUUGAGUACACUGUGAGAACGGACUCUGAAACGAAAAAACUUUCAAUAACUCCAACUAGAUCAAUACCGUGUUCCAAUGUGGUUUCUAUACAGAGAGAUUGUUGGUCCUCCAAUGGGAUUACGCCAAAUGAACAUGGCAUACGCUUUCAUUGCCUUCUGUCAAAUGGUGAAACCAAGAAAGUUCAGAUGGAUAAGAGAGAUACAGAAAGAAGCGCAGAGGACAUAAACACAACGGUGGCAGCGCUCGUUAACGUGGACGAAAUAUCCGAUCGUAUUAAAACAUUUGACAGCAAACGAUUCUCUUAUCUAGAUGUAAUUGAACAGCUAGGGCUAUGUGCGUAUCUGAUGCAAAGGGUUAGCCAGGCAGACAAUGCUGAUGCAAAUAAAAAUUCUGAUUUUUCCUGCCAUUUACACAUGGAGAGGUCUAGUGAAAAAAAAAUACUUUUGACCAUUGCAAUUACAAACAAGAUGUCAAAAGCGUUGAACAAUGACUGGACGUUGUCUAUCAGCGUUGUACCAAAUCAGCUACACGCCACUAGAGUUGCUGAAGCAGCUACAUCGACAUUCAGGAAUUUGGCAAAUGGGUGGAAAGUAAAUGAGGUUCAAAUUGUUAAAGUUCGUGUAGACGGUCAGGUUGUAAUGGGCGGAUGUGACGUAGUGGUGAAGAUUACGCUAGCUGUAAACACGCCAACAAGGACUGACACGCCAACAAGGACUGACACGCUAUAUCUGUCAGUUCCUGUAUUGACUGAGAAGCUGGAUAUUUUAAACAUGAUUAUGGAAAAAACCCAGACGAACGCAUCUGAUGUCGUACAACAUACGCCGAUAGAGACAGCUAUAAAUAAAUUGAAAGAACCAAGAAAACAGAAGCAAAACGAUACUGACCAUUCAUUUGUCAUGACGAAAACAGUAGUUUCAUUGGAUGCAUCUGUUCAAGCAAAACAGGGACAUGAUGAUUUCAUCGCAAAGAUAUCGCCUCUUCGUCAAGACAAAUCUGUUACCCUCAACACAUUGUUUGGAGAAGAAAUCACAGUUAACACGAAGCUGAACCGCCAUAUUUCUGAGAGAGUUGAGGUCUCAGUUACAAGUUCUCAGAGAGUGGCCGCUGCAGUGCACUGUGCACUUUUAAAGUGUACACAGCCUCCAGCGAUCUUUUCAAGAAAACACUUGAUGACCGCAAGCAGGAAAAUUCAGGAAUUGAUACAACAACUUGACGCCACGCUCUUUGAGGAAAAUUAUCAAGCUCUUCGAAAUAUUAUGGUUUAAUUCAGCAAGAAAUAAAUAUUUCGAAACUUUUGCUA